CCAGGGCCCGUAUUCUACAUACCGUCAUAACUUCUUCUGACGGUCAUAGCGGAACAAAAUGGCGCAUUUCAGACAUAACUCCGUCAGAAACUCUUAUGGUCGACCAUAAACUCUUAUGGACGACCAUAAAAUUGCGCGGGACGCUGAGGUCGGGUUCACCCUGUCAUAACUCUGCUUAUGACCGUCAGAAGCGCGUCAACAUGGCAGCCCCACGUCAACACGCUCCCCAGCCUUUUCGAAGAAGAGACGUACUGAACGAGCUCAGCGAUGCUGAGCUUAUCAGAAGAUACAGAUUUGACAAGGAAGGUAUUUUGUACGUCACUAAUCUUGUGAGGGAAGCCUUGUCAAGUGACACCAAGAGGAGAAACCCACUCACCCCGGAGAUGAAGGUGAUCAUCACACUGCGGUAUCUUGCCACAGGAAAAAUGCAAAUGUGUAGCAGCGACGACCUCGGCCCAUCACAGCCCAGCAUCAGCAGAGCCAUCACCCAGACCAUUGACGCCCUUGCAAACGUCAAUAUUCUCAAGCAGUUCAUCAGCUUCCCCACCACCCAAGACGUUACUGAGGCGAACAAGGCAGACUUCCUCACCAUUGCAAAUUUUCCCGGGGUUAUUGGUGUCGUUGAUGGGACACACGUAAGGAUUGUGGCACCAAAGGAGGAGGAAGACGUGUUUGUCAACCGCAAGGGAUAUCACAGUAUUAAUGUGCAGGUCAUAUUCAAUGCCAACUAUCGAAUACUGGAUAUCCUAGCGAAGUGGCCUGGCUCAGUGCAUGAUGCACGUAUUUUGAAUGGCUGUGGAGUGGCAGAAUUGUUCCAGAGAGGGCAUGUGCCACCAGGUAGUCACUUGUUGGGAGACAGUGGCUAUCCCAGCAAGCCAUGGCUCCUGACACCUUACCUGCGACCUCUGCCUGGACCUCAGUCACGCUAUAAUAGGGCCCACAAACGGACACGGAGUGUUGUGGAACGGGGGAUAGGACAGCUCAAGCGCCGCUUUCAUGUCCUACACAGCGAGGUCCGAGUAACUCCCCCGGUGAAGGUGUGCAAGCUGAUACAUGUAUGCGGCAUGCUCCACAACAUCUGCAAGGACAGGAAUAUUCCCAUUCCUCUCGAUGCGGCUCAACCUAACGCUGAAGAAGUGGAUCUUGCCAUGGCACAACCUGAAGGUGUGCAAGUUGUGCCGCCACUUCCAGCUGGUCAGCGGAAUGAAGGUCGCCUGUAUCGAGAUGAAUUCUGCAACUUGCAUUUCCACAACGAAGACUGAAACCCGUUCCUCAGCACGACUGGACAAGUACAUGCCAAGCUGCCUCCCGUGCCCUUUCAGCUGCCUCCUGCGCCCUUGCAACUGCCUCCUGCGCCCUUGCAGCUCCUGUGAAGGCCCGAGCACAAGCCGCCACCUCCUCUGCGGCUGCCUUCAUGGCCCGUGCAGCCUCCUCCCCAGCCUGUGCAGCUGCUGCUGUAGCUCUUGAAGCUACAGCCUCCUCCUCAGCAGCUGCCACCUUUGCUUGAGCAGCUGCUGCAUCAUCCUCAGCUGGCACCUUCCCCCAGGCACCCCCCUCAGUUUGUGGCUGCAGGGUGGGCUCAGGCACAAUUAUUACUGUUGGUGCCUCAGCACCUCCCUGACCUACAAUGAGCUGGCUCGCUGGCUCUGCUGCGUCUUCACUGCAAGUAAUGUAUAAAGUCAUGAAAUGGGUGUACAAAUGAGCAGUUAUAAACUAAUGCAGAUCUGC